AUGAAUUCACCAACAACUUCUUCGCAUCAAGUGCACCCAGAACCCAUCAGUGUUGAACACGAUGGGGCUCCAGAAAAGAAUAAUGGUGGUGGCGGCUUUUUUGAUAGUACAUUAAAAAUGGCAGGAUAUCGUAAAAGACGGUUUGGGAAAAUUCCUGAACCUGUGAUAAUCCCUCCACCAAAUCCAUCAAUCACAACUUCGUCACCGGUUAGUCCGGCAAAGAGUGAUAGUUGCCUCGAUUUACCCUCGUCCUCUCCUCGUACUCCAUCAAGUCCAACCAAAAGAUUUGUGUUGAAACCGAUUAAUGCCUUGGCUGCCGCAUUACAGAGAACUUCGCUUACCGGUCUUACAGGAAGAAAUAAAUCAGCCACAACAUUGAAAGUACCAAAGUCUCCACAAUCACCCAAAGGAAAUCAUUCUUCUUCGCCUUUGUCAUCUUUUGGGAAAAUAAUUUCACCUGGAUCACCAACCAAUAAAUCAUCGCCCCAAUUAUCUAAACCACCGAAGUCUCCAAGAAUAUUGCAUAGAAAAGGAAGUGGUAGUUCUCUUAAAAAAAGUGGAUUGGAUAGUCCAACAAGAUCUGUUACUGACUCGAUUCUCGCCCCUAUUAAGGAUAUUAACAAUAAUUCAUCGACUGCAGCACAACAACAAAAUUCCGGUGGUAAUGGAAACGUGACAAGUGGAUCAAAUUCAAAAUCAUUUUUCUUUCAAAAAUCCCCAUUUAACUUAUCAAUUAAUACCUCUCAAACUUCAGCGCCGAAAUCACCAUCGAAACUUAGCAAAUUUAAUCUAAGAACACAAAAAUCUGCUCACGGAUCAUCAUGCAGGAAAGCAAUGCCAAUCUCACCUCUUGAACUCGGUGAAAAAUUACCACACAAAAUAUCACCAAAACCAAUUCUUAUUGAUGUGAGAAAUCUUGCAUUAUAUCAAGACGCUCAUAUUCGAGACUCAUUUAAUGUUAAUCUCCCUACAUUGCUUAUUAAACGGUAUCGUCGUGGAAAUGUUAGUAAUUUUUCAUUGGAUAAUUUUAUAACUACUCCCGAAGGACGAGAUAAAUACCUAGAUAUUAUACAAGAGGAUGGUGGUAAAAAUGCACAUGAUGUCAUCGUAUUUGAUGAGACUAUGGAUGAAUCAGAUAAAGAUAGCCCUGGAUGGACCUUAUUGAGUGUGUUGGAACGUGCGAUGUUGACUUCACUUGAUUCAACAUCAUCAGAGAAUGUUAAUGAAUCUUGUGAAUUAUUAAAAGGAAGAGUUUAUUGGCUGAAAGGAGGAUUUGAAGCCUUCAAAAAUUGGGAUAAAGAGAAAAUAUUCGUGACAGACGGAUUAGAAUUAGAAUCAUGGCCACUUGCGUCUUGUUCAUCUUCAAUAAAAACUCAGGAUCAAAAUAGCUGUAGUAAUAUACCAACUCAUAAUAACAAUACGGAAAAUGCAUCAUCAUUUAACGAUUAUGAGAUUUUUGGUAAUGGGGAAGGAGCACCAAAUCUAGUCAGAAGAGAUUCACUAUUCUCAGUUAAUACUGAGAGAAGUUCAUUGAGACGUAAAUUAAGUGAUCAAAAAGAAAUACAAAAACAACCUUCAAUCGAAGAAAAUCAUAAUAACGAACAUCAAUCACAACCAUUAUCAUUACAACCAACAACAGAUUAUCAUCAUAAUUAUAAUGAUCAGCAACAACAGCAAUCGCAGAAAUCCUCUCCUAAACAACCAUCAGAUAUAAUUAAAUCACGGAGAGCUUCAAAUGGAUUGCAAUAUCUUUUUGGCCCUUCAGGUGGAAGUUCACGAAAUGUUGGAGAAUGUCCGCCGACUCCUUCAGAUCCAAAUCGACAACGUUAUUCAUUAUUUGAUGAUGAUAAUUAUAAUGUGGAUCCUAAUGAAUGCUCACCAAAUACUCCAACCUCACCAUCACAAGUUACACAUCCUGAAACCGUUUUCAUAGUUUCCACAAUUCUUUCGGAUUUUCUGUUCCUCGGACCAGAGAUUACUAAACAGGAAGAAGUGGAUGAAUUGAAAGAAAAAGGUGUAAAAAGAAUUCUAAAUAUGGCGUAUGAAUGUGAGGAUGUUUUGGGAUUAAACCGACAAUUUGAGAGCUAUCUAAAAUUGAAUAUUAAGGAUUCGGUUGAGGAAGACGUCGAAAGUGGGUUAAAAAUUGCAAUUGACUUUAUAGAUAAAGCGCAAAAAGAUAAUGCAUCGGUUUACGUGCACUGUAAAGCUGGAAAAUCUCGAUCAGUCACCGCGGUAUUAGCAUAUCUCAUAAAAUCACGUCGUUGGACCCUAAAGGAUGCCUACGACUACGUAAUGAAACGGAGACGAGGAAUAUGUCCAAAUAUUGGAUUUGUGGCUGAAUUGAUGAGAUUAGAAGAAAAUGUAUUGGGCGUACGCCGCUCAAAUUUCAACUCAGCAACUUCUUCCUCUUCAUCACCAUCAUCAAAGAAUCAGGAAUACGAGAUGGAAAGGCGAGGAAGGGAUGAUAGUACUAUUAUUAAUUCGUCAAAUGAGGGCACACAACCACCUAUAAAAUUACCAAAGACUGCCUUUUUUUAA